UUCUUGGGGUAAUACCAUUCGUGUCAGUUGUCUGCGGCGGGCGCACGCGUCAACGUUCGGGCUCCGCACCGUUGCGCUCAAGCCGGUAACUGCCAGUGCACUGACUACGCCGUCACAAACCAACCGUGAAUUUGUUAAAACCGUAAAAUUGCCGGACUCAAUAAAUAUUCUCGUGAAAAUCGUGACAGAAGGUGCUACUUUAUCUGCUGCUACACAUUCCUUAGGAGGACGUAGAAUACCACCAACAAUGUUCUGUUAUUCGACGUGAAACAAUACAAUUGGGACUUUUAGUUUUGCUGCCUAUUAGAAGGUCUAUAAUGUAUUCGACGUCGACAUUGUCGACAACUUCGGGCUCCGGUCGGGCGGCCUGCGUGGCGGCCGCGGAGCGCCGUGUGCGGGUCGUGAGGCUCCUGCGCCCGCGACGAUCGGCACCAGCGUUCGGCUUCUCCCUGCGCGGGGGCAGGGAAUACGCCACCGGAUUUUUCAUCUCGAAAGUGGAGUUCAAUUCGGAGGCACAUCUACAAGGAUUGAAGGUGGGCGACCAGCUGGUCAGCGUCAACGGCUACAGAGUGGAUGACGCUGUGCACGCCGAGUUGGUGCACUACCUCUCUUCACAGUCCCGGCUUAAGAUCAAAGUUAGACAUGUCGGAAUACUGCCAAUUAAAGAUAAACCCCACGAGAGUCUAUCGUGGCAUUUUGUCUCGGAGCGAGCGUCCUUGGCGUCGGACGUGUCGUCGUCACCGACGCUUUGCCACGACACUGAGAGGCUGACCGACCUACGCCUGUCCAUACUGGUGCCGCCGAGAGCUAAGCUAGGCUGCGGAAUUUGUAAAGGUCCAGAAUGGAAACCUGGAAUAUUCGUGCAAUUUGUUCGAGAAGGUGGAAUAGCUCGGGAGGCUGGCUUGAGACCUGGGGACCAGAUCUUAUCCUGCAAUGGACAAGACUUUGCGAAUAUAUCGUUCAAUGAGGCAAUAUCAGCAAUGAAAGCAACCGGACGCCUCGAAUUGAUGGUCCGCGAAGGCGCUGGCAUCGAACUGGUCUCUCCCGAGAGCUCCGGCUACAACAGCUCGGCCUCGUCCGCCGCGGGCGAGCGCAGUCCAGCUCCCACCACCGCCCCGCUCGUGCCCCUCGCCCCUCCUGCUGCCUUGAGGAGGAGGCUCGCUAGUGUCGCUGAGGAGGCGGCCGAUCGCGCUGAUAGGUUGACUAUGAACAGACUGAAAAGAAGAACUUGGGAUAGUUUAGACUUCAAUUGGAAAAAUGGUAACAUCCACAAUUUCGAUGCACCGUCAGACAUAGAGCCAGAUUAUGAUAGUCCAAGCAUACCAAAUAAUCCUCACACAUAUGAGAAUAAGAACAAUCAGAGGAGUAAAAGCAAAGAAUUUACUACGAGCCCAUCGAAUAGGACAAUAAUUAAUUUGACUGAAGACGGGGCAACGAUACAGUGUAGUUAUGAUAAUAAUAAUUUGGCUAAGAAAAAUACGUUUGCGUCCAACCUAACGAAUAGAGAUAAUGACAAGAAGACGAUAGUGGUGGAAGUCCACCACACAAGCGCGCCAGCUUGCGGCAAACCGCACUGUAGUUAUCCUCCGCCGCCGAAGAAGGAUCCGAUUUCAGAUUCGACCAGUGUGUCAAGUUCAACCACGCUUUCUAGUGCCAUUGCUGAGGAAAUACAAAAGAGGAAGUUGAACAAAAAGAACGCAAAUGCUGAUAAGGCGAUAGUUAAUCCAGUCAAGAAGAACAAUAUAUCAAAAUCGAUAGACAAUGAUAAGAAGAAACAGCAUGAUGCACUUAUGGAUGAAUUCAAGAAGGUGCAUAGGAAAAUGUUUGCCAACCAAGACGAUCCCAAAGAGCCCGGAACUGUCAUCUCCAGUGAAGAUGUCGACAGUUUGGAUCGGCAGCAGACAUUGCCGUUAAAGAAACUCAACCACAGUGAACCUGACGCUGGCACCAACAAUCACGGCCAACCUAGACGAGAGGCAACUGACAAUCCGCCGCCUCCGCCGCCAAUGCCGGUCACAAACGGCCACCAUUACGGAGAAGUCAAAGAUAAAUAUAUAGAAACAUCAAAUGAAAAACCGAUUGUAAAAUCAUAUAAUGGAGAUCUCAAUAGUAAAGUUUCAAAUCUAAGAAAAAAUGGUACAUUAACUAGGACACCAACACCCGAUUAUAAUAAUAAAAUAGAUAAUUUAACGAAAGCAAAAACCAAUGAAGAAGAUGUCGAUCUGGAAUCGCUCGAAUCCUUCAAAUUGAAAAAUCCAGCUAAUGUGUUGCCGAAGCCUCCGUCGACGUACUUCGUGCGAGCCCCAAACGGCACAGCCACUAUGAAGAAGCAUGCGCGGCCUGUCUCUGUGACCAUCGGCGAGUACGCCAGCACCGGCGCUGCCCGCCGCGAGCCCACUAAGCUGGACUUCCUCAGCGCAGACAGGCCCGACGGCAGACACGCCGAAGACGACGUCUCCAUCUCGAAUAGGCUACAAUCUGAGCUGGCGCUAACACUAUCUAGGUCUAACUUACGUAAAAAGACUGAAGCUCUCAAUAAUGCUAUAGGUAUCAGAAACACGUUUUAUAAGGAUAUGAAAGGUUCUGAAGAUAGUGACUCGUCGAUUGAUAAAAAUUUUCACGCACGUUACGGCAAUUACAUUUUGCCGCUGCCGCCGUCCAUAACCAUACCAAAGGUUUCCAAGUUAAAGCAUUGAACUUUUGUAUUCAACAUUCAAAGAUUUUACGCUGACGCCGGUCGAUGAGUGCGAUGAAAUAUAGCCGGAAGAUUCUGAAAUAUAAUUAUAUCUAUUGAAUUUACAAUGUUUCAUUACUUUUUUUUCAUUACAAUAACAUUAGAUUUAACUGUAUUAUUUUAAUUAUUAUUAAUUGAAUAUUUCAGCCAAAGUUAGAUAAUUUUAUUCAUUCGUAUAUCUAUUAAUGUUUUUUGUCAAGCAUGUGAGUUUGUUACAAAACUAUAAAUAAGUUCGUGCCAGAGCAUAAGAUGUUAUAUUUAUAAUUAUAUUGUAUAAAUUAGAAUUAGAUACAUUAUUAUGUAUAUUGUUUUGGUAUCUAUUAAUUAUUUGAUCAAACUCAACUUAUUGAAGUUGGAAGCAAAAGUUUCGUUUGAACAUACUAAGUCAUAAAUAAAGAGUAAUAGAAAUAAU